UCCCACCUAGGCACCCCUGGUCAAGCACCAGUAUAAACCGCAUUCGCAUCGCAGAAGCGCUAUUUAUUAUGAACAACUUUGUUCUGACUACAUUCUUCGACGCUUCCACUCUCCCCAGCAUGGAUUACUCUAGUUUGUUCUCUUCUGGCCUUAGGGUUAUGGCUUUGCGUAAACCCCGACCGUCGUCCAUGAUCAUCGAUAACUCCCCUACGAGAGGGUCCCGGCCAGAGAGCCCCAGCUUCUCUCCCAACCACAAGAGAUCAGAAAGUGAAAAACCAAAUCUACACAAGCGAAGGACCAUUAGUACUUCGCAUGAUCACUACAAUCACGAGAAGAAUGGUCUUUUGCGUACACCUACUCUUCCUCUCAAUUUCACGGAUGGGAAUGUUUCGAGUCGAAGGCAUGCCAUCAUGGAUAGGCCACUGCCACCCGUCCCUCCAAAUACUGCGACUUUGCAAAUUGACGGUCCCUUCGUUGUACAGUCCAAAGCCGCUCAGCCCCUCCGUAUAUCCCCUACACCAUCGAUGGUUCACCUCCCUAUCCCAUCAUAUCGACAAUCACAGACAGUGCCGUUCAAGAGCGAGGCUGACUAUGCUGAUCACUCGUUCCUCUCACUCGCUGCCUCUCCGACCGAGAGCCCAGUGAAAAUGUACUCUGAGAUGGAUAGGCGACCCGUCAACACAUCGGUACAAACACAAUCGAUUCGCCAACAUACGACCUCUACUUCGUCUUUUGAAAAGGAGAGGGAAAUGGCGAUGGAAAAGUAUUCAAGGUCUACACCGUCGAAUAAGGCGGUUGGCUACUCCUCGACAUCGGAGCUAUUGGACGACCCCGAGCUCGAUUGGAGAUACAUUAUUGAUAAUUUCCUGGAGGAUGAUCUUCCUAAUCUCUCGCUCUGAGUCCUCAGUCCUUCUUCCCAAAAAUCCUACACAUCACAGCGUUCACAUGCUUCCGACGUACUGCCCCAUUGUUUAUUUGCUAACUUAUCUCUUCUUCUGCUACCGUUCUCAUUGUCAUAGAAAUACUUCCGACUCGUCUUUCACACUACCACGGACAACAUACAUUCUAAUGUUUUAGUCAUUCUAGGCUUCUGGAUACUUUUUGAUUUUGGUAAUGUAUGUGUAUGUCGUAUGUUGUAUCCAUUAGAUCGUCCGCGGAUUUCUACAUGCUAUCUCUAUGGUCCCUCAAAGAAAGAAUAUGCAUAGUCGUUCCUUCGCUACUUCC